AUGAAUUUUCAAGAAGUUGCCAGUGAUAAUGUUUCAAUAUUUGAUAUCAGUACGAACCAGUACAAAAAGGAGUGCCAUCCGUUGCCUUACUGUGUUUACGACAUGGCAACAGCAAAAUAUGGCGAAAACAUUGUUGUACUUGGCGGGCUGUCUCAGGAGAACGAAGUACUUAACAAA